AUGCCCGCAAUUCCGAGUUCUAGGUCCAGGACGCGGGAUCGGAACAACGUCCUGAGCAGACCAGAGUUCAUGUCCCUGAACCAGCCCCUACGGAGCGGCAACUUGGAGAGCCGGCGACCGGGUCAACCCAAACACCAAGCAAGCCAGCCGUGCGACCCGCAGGAACCUACCGACAGUGCCAACAAGGAUCGGAAAGAGCCCACGAAACUGCCCGAGGAGGACUGUAUCCAGCUGAACCCUUCCUUCAAGGAGAUAGCGAUGAGCUCCCUCCUCGCCAUUGACAUUUGUCUGUCCAAGCGCCUGGGGGUCUGCGCCUACACGUCGUCGUCUUGGGGCAGCGUUCGUUCCAUGGUCACCCUGCUCGCGUUCACGGGACACGGCACCACGUGGAUCUUUGGCACUAUCGUGUGUCUGACAAGGAGUAAUACGCUGGCGGGACAAGAGGUCUUGGUCAACCUAUUACUUGGUAAAUGCACUCCUCACUCUACCCAAAACACAUUGUGUAAUACUUCAGUUAUUGCAUUGUACAUGUAUGAUUCAGCUCUUCUUUAAUGGUUUAGUUAUUAUGCUAUAGUGUGUCUAUCAGUGCAUUUUUAAUAGGUGUAGACUAGGCAGCCUACUGAUAUGAUCACAUCUCUCUACUUCCUUAUCCCUGGCCCUGUAUUAGGCCUAUAUAACCCAUGUCAAUAGGCUAAUAUUUAUGCCAUGAUUGUUAACUGUUAAUGCUUCUCACUAAAAUAUGUCAUUGUCCACCAGAAUUUAAAGCAUCCCAUGGUAGAGGAUCAGAAGCAGGUAAUUAGGAAAUCCUAGCCCUCCAUGGACCCUCUCUCCUUCACCCAGCACAGAACCAGGCCUGGGGAACAGGUGCUAGGCUCCACAUAUCACGAGUUUACUUUGGACUGAAGAACUAUAAGUAGACAUUUUAACAAGCCAGGGGCCUACAUCGAAAGACUCAGUGAAGUCAUUAUCAUCAGUGUCAAGCAUAGGCCUAUAUCAAGAUACAGGCUUACACACUGCUUUGCACUUCUUAUCCCCACUAUGGCAGCUGGUACAAAAGCUACAGUGGAAUAAUUUUCCAAAGUACCUUAUUUAAGUAAUAAAUACUUGAUUAGACUUACUUCCUUAAUAUGAUAUGAAACAUUAGUAAAACUAAAUGCAUGCUCUUCAAUCGAACGCUGCUGGCACCCGCCCACCCGACUAGAAUCACUACUCUCGACGGGUCUGACCUAGAGUAUGUGGACAACUACAAAUACCUAGGUGUCUGGUUAGACUGUAAACUCUCCUUCCAGACUCACAUUAAGAAUCUCCAAUCCAAAGUUAAAUCUAGAAUCGGCUUCCUAUUUCGCAACAAAGCCUCCUUCACUCAUGCUGCCAAACAUGCCCUCGUUAAACUGACUAUCCUACCGAUCCUUGACUUCGGCGAUGUCAUUUACAAAAUAGCCUCCAACACUCUACUCAGCAAAUUGGAUGUAGUCUAUCACAGUGCCAUCCGUUUUGUCACCAAAGCCCCAUAUACUACCCACCACUGUGACCUGUACGCUCUUGUUGGCUAGUCCUCACUACAUAUUCGUCGCCAAACCCACUGGCUCCAGGCCAUCUAUAAAUCACUGCUAGGCAAAUCCCCGCCUUAUCUUAGCUCAUUGGUCACCAUAGCAACACCCACCCGUAGUAUGCGCUCCAGCAGGUAUAUCUCACUAGUCAUCCCCAAAGCCAACACCUCCUUUGGCCGCCAUUCCUUCCAGUUCUCUGCUGCCAAUGACUGGAACGAAUUGCAAAAAUCUCUGAAGCUGGAGACUCUUAUCUCCCUCACUAACUUUAAGCAUCAGUUGUCAGAGCACCUUACCGAUCACUGCACCUGUACACAGCCCAUCUGAAAUUAGCCCACCCAACUACCUCAUCCCCAUAUUGUUAUUUAUUUUGCUCAUUUGCACCCCAGUAUCUCUAUUUGCACAUCAUCUCUUGCACAUCUAUCAUUCCAGUGUUAAUACUAAUUGUAAUUAUUUUGCACUAUAGCCUAUUUAUUGCCUUACCUCCAUAACUUGCUACAUUUGCACACACUGUAUAUAUAUUUUCUGUUGUAUUUUUGACUGUAUGUUUUGUUUUACCCCAUAUGUAACUCUGUGUUGUUGUUUUUAUCGCACUGCUUUGCUUUAUCUUUGCUUUAUCUUGGCCAGGUCGCAGUUGUAAAUGAGAACUUGUUCUCAACUGGCUUACCUGGUUAAAUAAAGGUGAAAUAAAAUAAAUAAAUAAAAGGUUAUUUCCCUACAUUUGCUAUAGUCACGUGAAUGUAACAUACAGUACCUAAAGUAUGACCCUGAUUUCCCUAACUAGCAGUAAUGGAAUCAUCCUAGAUGGUGAACUAAUUUUAGGUGGUUAUUUUUGACACACGUCUGCAAAGGAAACCAGCAGACUAUACCCCAGAUUGAUUUGAGUGAAAUUGGGGCCACUGUGCCUGUGUGUAUGUGUGUGUGUGUGUGUGUGUGUGUGUGUGUGUGUGUGUGUGUGUGUGUGUGUGUGUGUGUGUGUGUGUGUGUGUGUGUGUGUGUGUGUGUGUGUGUGUGUGUGUGUGUGUGUGUGUGUGUGUGAGAGUGCGUGCGUGUGUGUGUGUGUGUGCAUGUGUGAUUUUUCAAAAGUACCCAUUCAGCUAUGUGCCAUUGAAGCUAAGCAGGGUUGGUCCUGGUCGAUCCCUGGAUGGGAGACCAGAUGCUGCUGGAAGGGGUGUUGGAGGUCCAGUAGGAGGCACUCUUUCCUUUGGUCUAAAAAAAGAUCCCAAUGCCCCAGGGUAGUGAUUGGGGACAUUGCCCUGUGUAGGGUGCCGUCUUUCGGAUGGGAUGUAAAAUGGGUGUUCUGACUCUCUGUGGUCACUAAAGAUGCCAUGGCACUUAUUGUAAGAGUAGGGUGUUAACCCCGGUGUCCUGGCUAAUUUCCCAAUCUGGCCCUCAUACCAUAAUGGCCACCUAAUCAUCCCCAGCUUCCAAUUGGCUCAUUCAUCCCCCCUCCUCUCCCUUGUAACUAUUCCACAGUUUGUUACUGUAAGUGAGAAUGUGUUCUCAGUCAACUUACCUGGUAAAUUAAGGGUUAAAUCAAAAAUACUCCUACACACCCCUUUGCUAUUGUAGGCCCACCAUGUUGGCAUCCAACAUGUGCUGGUUCAUACCAGUGAAUUCACCAUGUCCCAUUUGACACAUGAAAGCCUAAGGGAUUUUAUUUUUGCUCCUAUGCUGGAUGCCUGGUUGCUUUGGGCUGGUGUGUGUGGGAGGCUUUUGCGUGUGUUAUACCAGUAGAGGGAUUACUCAGAAAAACACUGCAAAUCUGUGGACUGAAUCUGUAUUGUGUUUAGUCUAUAAUCUGUUUAAUUUGGGAAAGUUUUGUGUUUGGGCAAUGUUCAGGUCAUUGUUCAGGUCAUUAAUAAUGAUCCUGGAUAGGAUAGGGAACCACCGUGUUUGAACAAACAUCCUGAUUAAGGCAGCUGUGAAUGCAGUAUAAUUCACAAUAACAUCUCUAUCUCACUUCAUUUUGCCUUCAGGAAUGGACAGACAGACAGAAAUAUACAUAUUUUUUUGCAUAGAUAACAUUGACUCUAGGCUGGUGAAAUCCAUGGCUUGGCUCUCCUCUCCCCUCACCUUCAGUAGUGCUGAGGUGGGCUAUAUCAGGGGGCAGAGCUGGGUCCUGUAGCUGACACCAUUGGCUUUCAUUGGCAGCUCAGCACUGUGUCCCCAUUGUCCCAGAAUGACCCCAAGGUACCACAUACUCACGUCCAUGCUGUCCAUUCCCCUCUCUCUGCCUUCUUUCAAUUUCCCCAACUUUCCUUUCCUUAAUGGUCUGUGAACACUGUGAAUUCUAAUUUGCUAGAAGUUUACUUAAGCAAUAAGGCCCAAGGGGGUGUGGUAUAUGGCCAAUAUACCACGGCUAAGGGCUGUUCUUAAGCACGACGCAAUGCGGAGUUCCUGGCCACAGCCCUUAGCCGUGGUAUAUUGGCCAUAAAUCACAAACCUCAGAGGUGCCUUAUUGCUAUUAUAAACUGUUUACCAACAUAAUUAGAGCAGUAAAAAUAAAUGUUUUGAAAUACCCAUGUUAUACGGUCUGAUAUACCACAGUUGUCAGCCAAUCAGCAUUCAGGGCUCGAACCACCCAGUUUAUAAUUUACAAUAGAACUAGGGGGUUAUGUGUGUGGGUGGGUGUACAGGAAGGAGACAGCAUCAUCAAUGUCUGAAUCCUGAGUCCUGACAGGUUCCACAGGGUAGCUGGGUGAUCAAAAAUGUGAUUGUGGGGAUAUUUUGCUGCUAAAAAGAGACAGAAAAGAGACACUUGAGGACAGGAUCAAGUACUGUAGGUGAGUCAUAUCCAAAUAAUUAAUAAUGAUCUAUCACACCCAAUCAUAAGUAAGUCUAUUAUACUGUACAUCUACAGUAUUUCAAGUAUUCUCCAGUCUUAUUACAAGAGUUUGAGGUGGAAAACGUUUCUGUCUCAGUAUUUCACUUGCAAAUACUCUCAGCGACAGUCGCCUCAGAUCAAAUCACUACACAGACAGACAAGUGCACAUACAGUAAGCCAAAGCUGAACUAUAAGCUAGGUGCUCUCUCAGUUCUGUGCUAGCUUCCAGACCUAUUUAGAGAGUAACUGGGCUGCUAGCCUGAUAAUGUGGCCGAUUGGGAUGCUGUAGCAUAGAGGCUCAUACAUUCUGAUCACACACAGGGAAGAGAGAGGAGAUGCGACGAUGCGCCACUGUUCCACAAACUCUUGGCUCUUCUUAACCUUCUACUGCAGUGGGCUAAAUCAGGGUCACACAGAGUGUUUCUUGGUAAUCUUAAACAAAUCUACUUUGAAACAAGUAUACACCUCACGCACAUGGUUAUGGGCUUACAAAAAGAAGACAUCUGUACCAUGGCAGAUAUAAAGUUGGAACGUAUUCAAUUUUGAAUUUAUAUACAUCACAGAAGACUGAAAUAUAACAAAACUGUUUGAAAUAGAAACACCAGAUUUUCGGCAGAUUUUUUGAAAUAAUGUUUAUUAAUUAUGAAAUUAUGAAAAAUAUUAAUAACAUUCCACCCAUGAGGCCACUAGGUCAUUUGACUGCAGGAAAGGGCUACAAGCCACUGUGUCAUUGCUGGGGAACCGCCUGGCCUGCGUUGUUCAUCACUGAUGCCGAGUGGCGCAGUGGUCUAAGGCACUGCAUUGCAGUGCUAGCUGUGCCACUAGAGAUCCUGGUUCGAAUCCAGGCUCUGUCGUAGCCGGCCGCGACCGGGAGACCCAUGGAGCGGCGCACAGUUGGCCCAGCGUCGUCAAGGGUAGGGGAGGGAAUGGCCGGCAGGGAUGUAGCUCAGUUGGUAGAGCAUGGUGUUUGCAAUGCCAGGAUUGUGGUAUGAAAAAUAAAAAAAAUUAUGUAUGCACUCACCAACUGUAAGUCGCUCUGGAUAAGAGCGUCUGCUAAAUGACUAAAAUGUAAAUGUAGCAGAUAUAGAGCAAAUUACACAAACUACAAGCUAAUUGAUCUCCAUGUGUUUUUGACUACAGAUAUUGUGUGUUGUGGUUUACUGACCUGUGGUUAAUUGAUCUAGUUUGGCUUUUUCAUGCAACAUAAUACUUUUUUUAUCUUCCCACCUCAGCCCUUCUGCUUGAUGUCAUGACAGUGGCCGGAGUCCAGAAGCUGAUCAAACGCAAAGGACCCUGGGAGAUGAGUCCGGGAUUCCUGGACUAUUGUGUCAUGGAUGUGUACUCCUUCCCGGCGGCCCAUGCCAGCCGCGCUGCCAUGGUGUCCAAGUUCCUGCUGUCCCACCUGGUCCUGGCCGUCCCGCUUCGCAUCCUGCUGGUGCUCUGGGCCUUCCUGGUGGGCAUGUCCCAGGUGCUGCUGGGUAGGCACCACCUGACCGACAUGGCGUGCGGCUUCGCCCUGGGUCUGCUGCACUUCAGCCUGGUGGAGACGGUGUGGCUGUCGUCCAGCGCCUGUCAGACCCUCAUCUCUAUAGGGACCCUCAGCUGGAGCUCCUUCUACUGA